AUGGAUACUUCUUUCUUCUCCGUGCUGGUCCUCAUCUUCAUCAUCAGCACCGAGUGCAGGCCGGAGCCUCAGACCCGCGAUGUCAAGGCCAUGACUGCACUGUUCGGCUCUCGACUCUCCUCGCUCCUCAUGGAGCACCCGUCCCCGUCCGAGGGCUCGGCGGACGGCCUGUUAGAAUCCCCGGCCGAGAAGCGGGAGGAGUGGGCGUCUGCGGGGACGGCGCGCUUCCUCGCCGACGUCCUGCGGCGGCAUGCCAAGAUGAGGAGGCGCGGCGGGAAACUGACAGCACUCGGGGGACGCGGAUGCUUCGGCAUGAAGAUGGAUCGCAUCGGCGCCGUCAGCCGACUCGGAUGCUGAACUCACCCUCGCGGGCUACCUCUGACCCCUGGCGAAGGCUGCUAGAAGACCAUUCGUGUAACAAGACAAGCAUGUGUUAAACAUGCGCAUUUGUGUUAACUCCAUCAGCUUCAUUGACGACGAUAGACGACAGCCAAUGAGUUAAAAAUGUGUUCUUCCUCUGGCCAAAACGCCCCCUUCCCUCCAAUUAGUUUAUUACGAGUAAUGUCCAACCCAUUUGUAGUGGGAGGGUGGAAAAUCUAUCGUCGUCAAUGGCAACCAAUGGGUUUAACAAG